AUGGGCAACGUGGACGAUGCUGUGACGAAGACUGAUAAGCUUCUAAAAAACCUAUACAAAGCGGCUGGAUCGGAGAAGUAUGCACAAAAUGUUGACGCUGCUAUAGACGCUAUUACCGACAAGGUUGACGGAAUAAAUAUAGAUUUAACCAUCUCAAAGCUCAGAGAAUGGUCCGAAGGAAUUGAAGCUAACAUCCACAGGCUUUUAUCCGAAUACUCGAAAACUGGUGAAUUUAUGCAUCGAUAUUUGUACGACUUAAAAACGGAAUUCCUGGAUACCCAACUUGCCAAAAUUCACUAUAAUUUAUACGCACUGAAAAAUGAAGAGUUUUCGCAUACACAGGGCAGGAUCCAAAGUGCCAUCAAGACUGUGAUUGCGAUUGUUGAAAACCUGGAGACUGUGCCGAGUGACGUGAGAGAGAAGAGGAGAAAAGCAGACGAGCUUAUGAAAAAAUUGAAAAUCGAUGUAGAAAGCAUUGUGAUAGGUAUUGAUCUAGCUAUAAUUACAGCCGAUCAAACGCUAACCAAAACUAUCAAUGACUUUGUAGAGGAAUUAGUCAAAUGUGAAAAAAUGUGCAAGCAAGCCGUAGACGAUCUUCGGAAUAAUAUGCUUAAUCAAAUCAAAGCUUCAUUCUUAAUCGUCACGUCUAGCGUGCAGCAGCUCUUUGCAACUGAACGACAGGCGGACUUGAGAGCUUUGGAAAUGUUAGUGGAAAGCCAAAGUAUUAUUAUUGAUGGACUCAUAUCCAAUGCCAUGAGAACAGGCGUCAUAGGCUCUAUGAAAACCUUGAGCGGUGUUCCUGCUGGUCAUAAAGGUGAUGUGACGGAAGAACAUAAUUUGCUUAUGCAGCUCAGAAAGAAAAUGGAGGAAGACGGGGAAAAGGUAGCAGAGUUAGUUCCCUACGUCCGUGCCUAUCUCCGUCCCAUUAUCGUCUACAAUAAAGACGAAAUCGAAAGACUUAUCGCCUCCCACCCUUCUCCCUCCACCGACUACCCCUCUCAACUCAAGGCCAUUUUCGACAAACUCGUCGAACUUCUUAAUCACCUCGAAAAAGACAAGUUAUAUAACUACGACCAUAAUUUCGUUGAUUUACUCGCCUCCCUCAACUCUCUUGUUGACUCCCUCUCUCCCUCCUUCACCUCCCCCUCCCCCCUCCUCGCCCCCCUCAAGGCCGGCCUCUCCAAAUUCGCCGAGCAACUCGGCCGCGCGUACGUGAACAGGUACUCGGGUAAACGAUUCAACGGGGCUUUGUUGAAGGAAGUGGAAGAUUCUGACUCCAAAAAAGCUGUUCCUGCUCUUAAACAAAAAUCUGAGAAAAAGUACGAUUUAACCCCUGAGGGCCGCAACUGCGCCAAGGUCUGCCUGACGAUAGUGGAGAUGGUGAAAGGGGAGUUGGAUGUGUUGAGAGAGAAAUGCAAAUUAGAUUGGCAUUCCAAACAAAUAGAUCGUAUUAGUGUUCUUGGUUCAUUUUUAAGUGAUUGCGGUUACGUUGUUUCCAAUAGGGAUAAGCAGGACGGCGAGUUGAGGCGUAGUGACCAGAUGAUGGGUUCACAUAUUCAUGCAAAAAUUAGGCAGGCACUUACGAACGUCGAAAACAUCAAAACACAUCUUUUGAAGUGCAAAUCAAACGAGGAUGAGAAGACCGGCAGAGAAAAGAAAAGUGAUAAGUUCCACGUCCUUGAUGUACUUGCCUGCCUCCAUUGCCACCUGGAAACGUACUAUACUCUCGGCCACAUGGCAUCUUUAACUGCCAAACGUAAUCCAUGUUCUGUGUACGAGAUGCUAGUUUGGUGCGCUGGUUUGCAUUAUAAUUCGGUUUACGAGAUAUUUGUGCGCGAUGGUUUCACUGGUCUGAUGGAGAAGCCGAAGAAGAAGAUAAUACAGGCGAGCGACGACGGAUUGGAAUUGGAUGCUGAAUAUGACGAUUUGACAGCGUACUACGUGGACGUGUUCCCGAGUAAGAUCCGAUAUGAUCAUAUACAUUCUGCCAUCAACCAUAUUUGUGCAACAUCGCAUGACGUGCUGACUCGCAUCAUCGGUCACGGCGACGAAUACACAACGUACGGCGUAGACUUCUGCAAUAACUCUCUCAAGUUCAGAUAUCCGACGUCGGCUGAGGAAUGCCUUGACAUGUUCCUCGACAUCCUCCGCAGAUUGUUCCCGCCGCUCAAAUACCUGGAGACACAGUGCAGCACCGCCGCGAGAGAGUACGGGUGGGCAGGUUGCCAUUAUGGCAAAGACGUACAGACAACCAACUGGCCCUGUAACGAACACUCAAGCAGCAAAGUAACAUGCCAACCAAAUGGUCAAGCAAAGUGCGAACCAAAUUGCCAACCAAAAUCGCCGUUGAUGUCCUAUCUGAACGACUGCUUACCUGGCCACUUACCUCACGUUUUGAGUGACAUUGGCUGCAAAGCGAAAUGUACUACCUGCCCUAGAUCCACGCCUGGAAUGCCCUGUCUCACUCCCCUAGGAUUCCGAGGUUUCUCCGGGACCAAGCGUGAAGGUAGAGACAUAAGUGACGUGCUAGGCAAAUUCUUUGACAACGGCAACCUUAAGGUCCUAUUCAGCUUGCAAACUAAAACGCCAUCUACGUUACCGGAACACUUCGGAUUCACGUUGUCGCUUGUUGCUGGGUGGGUUGGUAGCGACAACAAGAAGCGUAAGACAGGUGUGGAAAAACCUUUUGAGGAAGCAAUUACAAACGUCUCCAUUGAACUAUACGAAAAACCUACGAAUUUUACAGAAGCAUUGCGUAAUGCGUAUGGUGAUCCACGGCCUGUUCAACUCACUCAGGUUCGUAUGCCUCCACACGCUGCGUUAUCCAGUCUUUCGAUAACAGGAUAUAAUGAUCCUAAAAUGAAAGCAUAUUGCGCUCCAUAUAUGUUAUCGCUUAGUGAAGAUUACUACUCGUGUCUACCAUCUAAGAAUUCAAAAACCUAUCUCUCCUGGGCUGUCUACCUGCCGUGGGAUUUCUGGAAAUACCUCAAGAGCCUAUAUGACGAAUUCUGCAAUAUCUUAUGCGCAGAUUGGGGAUGUCGCACGUGUUUACGCGCUGAUAAAUGCCGACGUGGUCAGCAUGGACUCAGCGAUGAGAAGACUAAGACGCCGUAUUGUCAGUGUGCUUCAAUAGUUCAGUGUAGAGGUGUCUCACCCAUAUUGUAUAGGCACGGUUUUUGCUUCGGUGAAGCAUCUACCUUAAACGCUGAAGGCACGCGUAAAACGUGUUCCCAAUUUUGCAAACAGCUUUACGACGUGCUACACUCGCAAUAUUUCAGAGACCUCUUCGACAAAUGCGACGACAUUCUACUAUGUAUAAGAUGGCCUUUCAUGCUUAAUGUUUUGACCCUCUGGCUCCUCUCUUUGUUGUACCUCCUCCACAUCAUGGUCAUCCGCCUAGACCUGCUCCACAUCAAAUCGCAUUUGCAUAGUCCCUCGAGUCAUAGGAUUGCUGCUCAAUCACUACUGGCUGCCGCACGUGUUAACAAGCUUAACAGGGUGUUUUACCUGCAACCUUAA